AUGUCAUCUCCAGCUCAUGAAAUUAAUCCUGGCCCUUUCUCUUAUGGGCGCCAGUGGCUCAAGGCCCUGCUGCCUAGCAAGACAUUGAAUAAUAGAGUAGUUGAACUUGCAAGGAAGGCCAAGAAUCUGGGGAAAGAUGAUCCUAGAAAGGUUGUUCAUUCCCUAAAAGUGGCUUUGGCCCUCACUCUUGUUUCAUUAUUCUACUACUUUAAGCCACUUUGCAAUGGCUUUGGCGUCAAUGCCAUUUGGGCUGUUCUAACUGUUAUCUUUGUCCUUGAAUUUUCUGUGGGGGCCACACUUGGUAAAGGUUUAAAUAGGAUGCUAGCAACGCUGCUAGCUGCUGCUUUAGGUAUUGGGGCUCAUAACUUAGCAAUUAUCUUUGGGAAGACUGGAGAGCCUAUAUUACUCUCAUUCUUGGUCUCUGUAGUAGGCGCGUCUUUCACAUUUCUAAGAUUCUUGCCUGAAAUGAAAGUGAAAUACGAUUUCGGGUUAAUGGUUUUCAUACUUACCUUCUGUCUGAUAUCUAUAUUGAGUUAUCGAGAAGAACUUCUAAUCAUCGCGCUGCAAAGGCUACUGACGAUCGUUGUUGGCAGCUGUGCUGCCAUUUUUGUAAGUAUUAUUAUUUUCCCUGUAUGCAUUGGGGAGGAUCUUCACAAUCUUGUAGCUGUAAAUUUGGAGAAGCUUGGGACAUUUUUAGAAGGAUUUGGAGCUGAAUACUUCAGUGUCCCUCAAGAGGGAGUAUCGAUCCAAGAGAAGCUAUUUCCUCGAAGAUAUAAAAGUGUUCUCACUUCGCAAGAGAGUGAAGAAAAUAUGGCAAGUUUAGCAACAUGGGAACCUCGUCAUGGUAGGUUCAGGUUUCGCCAUCCUUGGAAACAGCAUCGAAAAGUUGGAGACUUGACUCGUGAAUGUGCCUACAAAAUUGAAGCACUUAACAGCUAUCCAUUUGAAAUCCGUAGCAGAAUCCAAGAGCCGUGCACAAUGAUUAGCUUAGAAACAGGAAAAGCGUUAAAGGACUUGGCAUCAGCGAUGCAGGAAAUGGUCCAAUCAACUUCAGUUGAUUCCCACAUUUCGAAUUCAAAAAUUGCUGCUGAAAAUCUCAAAGCUUUAAUAAAAUCUGGCUUAUGGGAAGGAGUGGAACUUUUAGAGACAAUACCAGCUACCGCAGUUGUUUCAGUACUACUAGACCUUGUGGUAUGCACUGAGAAAAUUGCUGAAGUUGUUCAUCAACUUGCUUCCCUUGCUCAUUUCAAGAGCAAUAUGACAGCAGAAAGAUCACAGUCAAUCGGUCGGAGUACAAUCCGACCAAUGUCUAGCAUUGAUCCACGAGAAAAUCAUGUAAUUAACAUUGUGGAAUGA